CUACCCUAGCUCCCCUCAAGUCACCCGAUUCCGACCUUGCCACCAAUUUCUCGGGUCGCAGCUCGACCCGGGUCGUCUCCAAGUUCCACCUGGGUCGACCUAAGUCAACGGCGGGCUCCCGCCACACUCCAAUCUCCGAGUAGGCUCUCCGCCAGGUGAUGAGGUCAGAGAAUGGUGACUUCUAUAUCCUCUGAUGCUGCCAUAUGGGAUGCUGUUAUGAACAACGAGGUGGUUAGGGAGCUUCGGCACGCUUACUAUCCAGUAGAGGAGGUUUAUGGGAUGCAGCGAGAAGUUUGUUCAGUGAAAUGGAAAGCAGAGGGAUCCAACGGGAUUUGCAUACUUAUAAUAUCCUUCUGGAUGCUGCUUGUAAAACUGGGCAAUUAGAUAUAGCUUUGAAGAUUAUGUCUGAGAUGCCUGGAGAGAAGAUGUUUCCAAAUGUCGUUACUUAUAGCAUUAUGAUUGAUGGUUAUGCUAAAGCUGGUAGAUUGAAUGAUGCCCUG